UCUAGCGUCGAACCUUCGGUGUCUAUGGUAGGCCUUGGCCCCGCCCCCUCGACGGCCAGUGAGUCAGUGCGGGGCCUCCGCUCCGGCCGCUGACGUCAUCGGGAAGGGACGCGGGCGCGCGCACUAUGGCGGCGCGGCUCCCUCUUGCCGCCUCUUCCCUGGGACUCUUUUCCGACUGAAGGAGAAAGAGAGAAAGGAGGAACCAGAAAGCGAAGCCGCCGUCAGGGAGAGAAGAGGGAGCCUCGCCGGCCGCCGUAGUCCUUCUUCUCCGGAGCCCUCGCCGGCCACCGUACUCCCCUCCUUCCUUCCCCGGUCUCUGUCUUUCUCUCUGGGCCCCGAUGGAGGAGCGCUGGCGCUGGAGCCUCUCUGCCUGUGUGGCGCUGGGGCUGCUGCUCCCGGCGCUGGGCCCGGUCUCCUCCUCGUCGGGAGUGGCGGCAGCAGCGGCGGCGUCAGCGGGACCCAGGGAGUCGGCCAAGGAGGAGGAGGAGGCCAAGGAGUGCCACAAGCCCUGCGCCAACGGAGGACGCUGCCAGCCCCGCACCGGGCAAUGCCUCUGCGCCCCCGGAUGGGUCGGAGAGCACUGCCAGCACUGCGGAGGGCGGUUCCGGCUUACUGGGCCUUCAGGCUUUGUGACUGAUGGACCUGGAAACUAUAAAUACAAGACAAAAUGUACCUGGCUUAUUGAGGGAAGGCCAAAUUCAAUCCUUAGGCUCCGCUUUAAUCAUUUUGCAACAGAAUGCAGCUGGGACCACUUAUAUGUAUAUGAUGGUGAUUCGAUUUAUGCUCCAUUAUUGGCUGCUUUUAGUGGCCUUAUUGUUCCAGAGAGGGAAAACAAUGAGACAGUCCCAGAGGUUGUAGCCACCUCUGGCUAUGCUCUUCUGCAUUUCUUCAGCGAUGCGGCUUAUAACUUGACAGGGUUUAACAUCAGCUACAACUUCAACAUGUGUCCCCGCAAUUGCUCUGGCCAAGGGGAAUGCAGGCCCACCAACAGCAGCAAAGUAGUUGAAUGUGAGUGUUCAGAACAUUGGAAAGGAGAAGCCUGUGACAUUCCUUAUUGUCCAGAUGACUGUGGUUUUCCAGAGAGAGGCCAGUGCAGUAGAAAUGUCUCUCAGGGAUGUGUGUGCAACGCUGAGUGGCAAGGUACAGACUGCUCAAUUCCUGUCCCAGCAAACCACUCAUUCUGGACGCGUGAAGAAUUCUACAUGCCAAAACUUCCUAGAGCAUCCCAUAAAGCUGUAGUCCAGGAUGAUGUCAUGUGGGUGGUUGGGGGCUACAUGUUCAAUCACACGGAUUCCCAAAUGGUUUUGGCGUAUGACCUUGUUUCCAAUGAGUGGCUGCCUCUCAACUCCAGCGUGAAUGCAGUCGUGAUCAGAUAUGGUCAUUCUCUAGCCUUACAUGAAAAUAAAAUCUACAUGUAUGGAGGCAAGAUAGACGAAUCUGGGAAUGUAACCAAUGAGCUCUGGGUGUUUCAUAUAACAAACCAAUCAUGGGUCCAAGCCUUCCCCAAAGCCAAGGAACAGUAUGCUGUGGUUGGCCAUUCGUCACACAUAGUCACACUGGAUGAUGGUUCGGUUGUGAUGCUGGUCAUCUUUGGGCACUGCCCUCUUUACGGGUACAUCAGCAGUGUGCAAGAAUACAAUCUGACAUCAAACAUAUGGAGUAUUUUGCAAACAAACGGAGCCUUGGUGCAAGGAGGUUAUGGCCAUAGCAGUGUGUAUGAUCCAAACACCAAGUCCAUAUAUACCCAUGGGGGUUACAAGGCAUUCAGUGCCAACAAAUACAGGCUAACAGAUGAUUUAUACAAAUACGAAGUUAAUAGGCGUGUCUGGACAAUUCUUAAAGACAGCAAGUUUUCCCGAUACUUGCACUCUGCUGUGAUCAUCAGCGGAACCAUGCUGGUCUUUGGAGGAAACACCCACAAUGAUACAUCCAUGAGCCAUGGUGCCAAGUGCUUCUCUUCAGACUUUAUGGCCUAUGAUCUGGCAUGUGAUCGUUGGUCUGUGCUUCCUCCACCUGAUCUUCCCAACGAUAUCAACAGAUUUGGACAUUCAGCAGUGCAGAGCAAUAGCGUUAUGUACAUAUUUGGAGGCUUUAAUAGCCUCCUUCUAAGCGACAUCGUGAAGUACACCCCAGAAAGCUGUGAAGCUUACAACAAUGACACCUGCUUAAGGACAGGCCCUGGACUUCGAUGUGUGUGGAAUGCCUCCCUUUCCCAGUGUCUUCCAUGGGAAAUGGCCACUGCACAACAAGAACAAAAAAUCAUUGAGGAAUGCCCUUCCUCACAAGCCACAGACCAUGAAAAAUGUGAUCAGAUUACGGACUGCUUCAGCUGUACAGCCAACACAAACCGAUGCCAUUGGUGCACCGACCAGUGCUUGUCGAGAAACAGCAACUGCUCGGAAGACCAGACUCCUAUUACCACUUUUGAAAACUGCCCCAAGGAUAAUCCAGCCUUUUUCUGUAACAAAAAGACGAGUUGCAAGAGCUGCAGCCUGGAUCAGAACUGUCAGUGGGAAGGCCGGAAUCAAGAAUGCAUUGCUUUGCCUGAAAACAUCUGUGGGGCCACAUGGCACUUGGUUGGAAAUUCAUGUUUGAAAAUAACAAAUACAAAAGACAGUUAUGACAAUGCUAAGCUGACCUGCAGGAACCACAACGCUGCUCUGGCAUCACUCACUAGUCAGAAGAAGGUGGAAUUCAUUCUCAAGGAGCUCCAGAAGAUCCAGUCCUCGUCCAAAGCCUUGACCCCAUGGGUUGGACUACGGAAGAUCAACAUAUCAUAUUGGUGCUGGGAGGACAUGUCUCCUUUUACGAACACCUUGCUCCAGUGGUUGCCGGGGGAGCCGACUGACAUUGGGUUCUGCAGUUACUUAGCGGAACCCAUCAAAGGAGGGCUGAAGGCAGCAACUUGUAUCAACCUAGUCAAUGGCAGUGUCUGUGAAAGGCCUGCCAACCACAGUGCCAAGCAGUGCCGUACUCCCUGUGGCUUGAGAAUGGCAUGCAGCGAAUGUACCAGCAGCAACUCAGAAUGUAUGUGGUGCAGCAACAAGAAGCAAUGUGUGGACUCAAAUGCUUAUGUGGCCUCCUUCCCUUAUGGACAAUGCAUGGAAUGGCACACCGUGAGCAACUGUCCACCUGAAAACUGCUCUGGCUACCUCACUUGUGCUCACUGUCUGGAUCAACCUGGCUGUGGCUGGUGCACAGAUCCCAGUAACACAGGCAAAGGGAAAUGCAUCGAAGGCUCUUCUAAAGGUCCAGUAAAGAUGCCAAAGCCAACACCACCUACACUACCAACUGUGAAGUUAUACCAAGAACCUGUACUUGAUGUCAGCAUGUGCCAGGCUGAGAACAAAUAUAACUGGUCCUUUAUACAUUGCCCAGCCUGCCAGUGCAACGGGCACAGUAAGUGUGUUAACGAGAGCAUCUGUGAGAGGUGUGAGAACCUGACAACCGGCAAGAACUGCGAGGCUUGCAUCUCUGGUUACUAUGGAGACCCCACCAACGGAGGGACCUGUCAGCCUUGCAAGUGUAACGGCCACGCUUCUGUAUGCAGUACAAACUCAGGGAAGUGUUACUGCACCACAAAAGGAAUCAAAGGCGAGGAAUGCCAAUUGUGUGAAGUUGAAAACCGGUACCAAGGCAAUCCUCUCAAAGGGACAUGCUAUUACACUCUUCUUAUUGACUAUCAAUUCACCUUCAGUCUUUCGCAAGAAGAUGAUCGCUAUUAUACAGCAAUCAAUUUCGUAGCAACGCCUGAAGAGCAAAACAGAGACCUGGACAUGUUUAUCAAUGCAUCUAAAAACUUCAACCUCAACAUCACUUGGUCAACAAGUUUUGCAGCUGGCACCCAGGCAGGGGAGGAGAUUCCAGUCAUUUCAAAGAGCCAGAUCAAGGAGUACAAAGACAGCUUCUCCAAUGAGAAAUUUGAUUUCCGCAACAAUCCCAACAUCACUUUCUUUGUGUACGUCAGCAACUUUACCUGGCCCAUAAAAAUACAGAUUGCAUUUUCUCAGCACAGUAACUUUAUGGACCUGGUACAGUUCUUUGUCACCUUUUUCAGCUGUUUCUUGUCACUGCUCCUUGUGGCUGCCGUGGUUUGGAAGAUUAAGCAGAGCUGCUGGGCAUCGCGACGAAGAGAGCAACUACUCCGGGAGAUGCAGCAGAUGGCCAGUCGUCCCUUUGCCUCCAUCAACGUUGCCUUAGAAACGGACGAAGAACCACCGGAUCUCAUUGGAGGGAGCGUUAAGACGGUCCCCAAACCCAUAGCGUUGGAGCCAUGUUUUGGCAACAAAGCAGCAGUUCUGUCAGUAUUUGUGAGGUUGCCAAGAGGCCUGGGAGGAAUCCCUCCACCGGGGCAAUCAGGUCUUGCGGUAGCCAGUGCUUUGGUGGACAUUUCACAACAAAUGCCUAUUGCCUACAAAGAGAAAUCGGGAGCGGUACGAAAUCGCAAACAGCAACCUCCAGCCCAGCCUGGGACCUGUAUUUGAUGCAUGGACAUCAGAACUGCCUCUUUAGGGUUUUAAAACAAGGGAUUACCUGGGAGGAGUAAGAGGAGGACAAAAAACAAAACAAAACAACAAAAAACCCUUGCAAGGUUCAUGCUGCAAAGGAGACCUUGAAGCACCGGGAGCAUCUUGCCCUUCCUCUUGGCAGUGGAACCAUCUUUGUUGGCUUUUUUGACAUCUGCUGCAUCACAGACUUGUCACUCCCAUUGUCUCAUACGACUCCAUUUGUUUUUUAAGAUUGCUCUCCCUUUUUCCAGUUAAAGGCCAUUCAUUGCAAGUCUGUCAAGCAUCCGUCUCUACCACUGAAGGUUGGCAUUAGUAGGAACAAGCCCUGAGAAGAUGAAAAGUUCUCGGCUUUUAGACGCGGAAAAUGCUUUGGGGUACUUGAGAUCUCUCGCUCCCCCAAGUUGUAUAAGAAAAGAUGCAGCACAUAAAUAUAAUGUUCUGCCCUCAGCAAUUUAAACCCCAGGACUGAAGGAGAAGCUAACUCUAUUUUCCACAGGAACCUGACGUUAUAAACAUUGUAUUUAUUUCUGUCUUAUUUAGAGCUCUCUUCCAAACAUGAAGCAUGCAUUGGGCUGGGGUUAUGAUUUCAGCUCUGUUAUCAUUGCAUCUGACUACAUUACCUUCCGAGAUGAAUUACUUGGAUACCAUAUAUCUGGCUUCACCUAAAAAUCCUUGUCCUUUUGUUGUGAAAGGCAUAUAGGCACAGGUAUCCCAAGAUUUUCAAUAUAUCUAGGAAGUGAGAUUGAUGGCAGAGUUCAGUCCUUACAUAACUUCAUUCCUUUUUUACCUUGGGCAGUGCAUGGCCUUCAUUUUUGCUACGUCCAUCAGCCAGAGAAGAACAUAAAAGAUGCUGGCCUAUUUUAGGUUGAUGGAGCAGAGUUGAGAUCAGGAGAGGCAUGGAAUCUGGUAGCAGGGCUGUCUUAUUGUCAGUUGACACUGUGUGUCUGCUUCCAUUCAGGGUCGCUGUUGCAUUGAUGCUUCCCAUUUCGGAAUCCCACCCUCCCCACUACCAUUUUCUUUUACUCCUCCACUUAAGGAGUCCCAGUCCCAGCCACUGGGAGAAGGAUACUUUCUGCAUUAUACAGGGUGAUGUACUCCUGGUAGUGGCUCAGAGUCUUGUUGACUGGUUAGUUUGUUUUCAAAUGCCAAUCAAUAAUUCCAUUCAUUAGGAUCAUGUAGAUCAGUUCUCUGCAAUGUCAGGGUGUUAAUUUCCUCCAAAAGAGACUAACAGAUGCAGAUGUGGUGCUUUACUUUCUGCUUGUGUCCUGAAUAGAAUAUUAACUGCUCCUGAGCUACAAAGCAGCCUUCCUCUUUAGCCUUUGGUGGCCCUUUGGUGAUCCAGCCUUGGAUGCCAAUGGGAACCUAGGAACACCACCAUUUUCUUUGGUAAAUCCUGGAAACUGCCGCACUGUGCAUGGUGUACUGAGAUGAGCAAAAAAGACUGGCUUUUAUUAGCAGGCAGCAACAGGAACCUUGAGGAUAGCAAGACAUGUCAGCUUGGCAUUUAUUGUUGCUCCAAAGAGAGCAAGGGUUGCAGAACUGAUAUGUGUUUGAAGUUGCUGUUAAGUCAGGUUUCACGUGCUCUUAACACCUGUUAAGUUUCCUCUGCAAAACGUCCAUAUCUGUGCUUGGAAGAAAGCAAGACAGUUUCCAAAAAGGGGCAGGAAAUGCCACACUUCACAAAUGAAUGGCUGAUGACUGUCUGGCAGUAUAUGCCACCCCAUUCCACCACCCAGGUCUCGCUUGCUGGUUAGUUCAAGUCAGAAUCAUCCUGCAGUUGCACUUGCUUGAUCUGAUCAAUAGCAAGCACUACAGUUUCCUGCAAAGGCAUCCCCCUCUCAUGGUGGUCUUGCUUCCACCCCACUAACUAGGAUCUGAUGCUACAUAAACUACAGGAGCCCAUGAGUAGUCCUCUGCAGAUCAGGGCAGCAGUAGUCUUAGAGAACAAAACUGCCCAUUGCACUGAGUAUUGUAUGCAGUUGCCAUCCCAAGUGCCAUGUUGGCAUUACAUUCUCUUCCACCAACUCCAUGCCCUGGGAGUUUUUCCCCUGUGUGCUGGAGCAUUGAUGGAAUAUGCACAAGUGCUCCUUGGAGUAAGUGCUCCUCAUCUGAUGGGUAGGGACAACUUGCCACAGAGAUGCAGGGUUUUCUUUUUUUUUUGGGGGGGGGGUGUAUUGAAAUUAUUGAGUAUCAUGUAUACUUCUUGAAGCCAAGCCUUCUCCAUCCAGUUUUAAUUUUUGAAUGCAGUAAUGUAUAAUAUUUGUCUUUCAUGUGGGAAGGGAAGAAUGGGGAAAACCAAGGAGUUAAAGUCCUUGGGGUGUGUUUGGGGGGAGGGAAGGUGUUGUGCCGCUGGAAUUACCACGUCAGUUUCAUCUCAUUACAAAUAAAUUGUGAGUGACCAAAGGUCUCUCAUUUUGGAUUUCUUGACUAGAAUUGUGAAUGAACCUUCUACCUGUUGAACCCCACAGAACUGGAGCAAAUGUAUGAAUUAAAGUAGCAUCUCAUUGGAUUUUUUCCACCUUCAACACCCUGAUUUGUUUCCUUGAAGCUGCACCUAAAUCAGAUUGUCCUCGGAAAGCUGAGGGGAGAUAUGGUGGGCAGGGUAUUUGUCUUAUGGAAGGCACUGAUUUAAUUCAGUUACCCUGUAAAGAGUUGGCCACUUUUUCCCUGGUAUUCAGUGUUAACCCUGGUGCUCGAAAUCCCAAUCCUUGUGCUAGAGGGACUGGUUCAGGCAAGGAUGCUGCCAAAGUAGGGAAUGAGGCCAGCGACCAGCUGUCUACUGCGCCCUUUUCUGGGCUGGCAGCUGGUCCAGGAGCCCAGAUUUGGGGAGGGAGUGUGGGGUCCCCAUCUGGUAACUCUCCUCUGAAACCCUUCCCUCUCCACCAAUACCAUUUUCCUUUGGGGACAGAGGAAGAUGGGGGACUGGGAAAGGGUUUAAGAUGUCUCUCCCCCCCUGCCCGCUUCCCUCUCACCUUAGACAGAAUCAAAAAGACAGAAUUAAUCUGGCCAUUGAACCCAUAAAAAGCUGAAACCAUGAAAGGGAUGUGUGUUUCUGGAAGGGCUUCAAUUCAGAGGGCCUUGAGUGUCUGUUUACUCUCCCGAGCCCAGAAACUGCCUCCCAGUUGAUGAAAGAGGAGGCUCUCCUCGUACCUCCCAGCCAAAUAAUUUCAUCCCCAUCUUCAAAGGUCACUUUGUCAGCCCUGGCGGUUGGGACCGAAGCUUGGCCAAACCAACAAAUGGAUGCUGCUGAGCCAGCAUGCUGACAUAAACAAUGAAUGGUAUUUUGAUAAGUUUCUCAGAGAAGUAAAAAGGUUUUUUUAAAAAAACCUUAUCCCUUAUCUUUAACAGAAUUAUAUGCCGAUAAAAGAAGAAAAAGAUAACAGUACCUUUGUACGUAAGUCUUAACAGCGUGCAGAAUGUCAGGAGGUUUAUUGUAUCUAUAAAGCAGAGGGAGGGGAAGGGAAUAUAAUGUAUUUUUGGGUGCAUUUUUAAGACGACGCCAGAGCAUUGUCUUUAACAACUUGUGCAAAUGCUGAGCGUGGAUGCUGCAGAGCUUUUAAGCUGUCAACCUCUUUAAACACCUGAUAGGCUGUGAUGCGGAGACGGAGGGCCCACCCCACAGGAACUGCGUGCUUGACUUCAUAGUGUCUGCGUGUCGGAGAUCUCUCUCUUGCACAAGUAAGCCACCUUAGUCAGUGACAUUUGCCUGUCUGUUGGGGGGAGAAGGAGAAAACAUUGAAAUAGACAUGUCCCUCCAAAGAUCUUUGUGUUGGAUGAAAUGCACCAGCCUGUUUGUUUUGCAGAAACUCUUUCCCCAUGAAGGAUGGGAUGCUACAUUUACAGAGGAGAGAUUUGGGAAUCUGAAUUUUGGGGUAUGUGUGUAAGGUUUUGGAUCCCACUAAGCUGGAGAUGAGUGGAUACAGUCAGCCCUUCUUAUAGACGAAUUUUUUAUACAAGCAUUUGAAAAUGGUUUGAAAAUGCUCAAAAAAGUAUAAAUUUCAAAUAUCAAACCUUGAUUUCCCAUUUUUAUAAGGGACACCAUUUUGCUAUGUCAUUAUAUUUAAUGGCACCUGAGCAUCCACGGAUUUUGUUAUUCAUGGGGGAUCUUGGAACCAAACCCCAGCGUAUAACAAGGGUCCAAUUGUUUUAGUUCCCCCAAAUUUCUCCCUUCAGUUACACAUUUGUUUGGAUGAGUUUGCUCUGGAUUACUACAAUUACUAGCCAGUGCUUUUUAAAUUUUUAAACCAGGGGAGGUGUAUCUCUGGUGAUGCCUCCAGCGUGCCCCUUAGACCCUUAAGGCAAAAAUACAUUAUGUUGUGAAGGCUCAAGUGUCUAUGCUCUCUGCCUGAUGUCUCAGAUUUCCCCCCUUCUUCCUGAAUCUUCUCCAUGAAUAAUGUACCCAACGGUGGCGAAUUGCAAAUGUUCAAAAGAAUGACAGGCUGUGAAAACACCUCUUGACAGGUACCUGUUUCCUUCUAGUUACCAUGCACACUGUAUUAAAAAAAAUUCCCCCACAGAGUCUGUUGAUGUGUGAGAAUAUAUUCAGUUGGUUUCUAGUAUACUUUUAAAAUUGCUGUCGGGCUUCGACAAAAGCCAUGCUCAGUAAAGACCUUGGCUGCUAGUGUUGUGGCAAAGGGCCUGGGCUAGCAGAUCAGGAAUCUAAUUUCGCUGUUACUAAUCAAUAUGUGGUUUUAGGCAAGUCCGCAUCAAAAACCAUUCCCUCAGCACCAACCCCCCUCUAUAAUUUGGGAAUUGUUCUGACUUACCUUACAGGGUCAUUGCAAAUUUUUCUGAGAUUGUGUGUGGCAUGUUACAAAGCAUUUGAAAGUGCUUUAUAUUACCCUGAAUGCACCCAAGCUCAUUGAAUUUAUGGAACUAUGCAGGGUCAGGUCUGGUUAGUACUUGGAUGGAAGACCGUCGAGGAAUCCCAUAGUCCCAAACGGAAGGGCUAAAGAUAUCAUGCUCAUAACAUUGAGGAAUCAUUGCAGCCAGUACAAAUAUUGAGGGUCCGACUCGGUAGUUCCCAUGUACAUAUUUUCAAAAGGGAGUUUGCCUCGCCACCGCCGUCAUGAGGCUGCUGUUGAAAGUAAGAAAGAGGUCCAAGUGCUUUUGGCGUUCCUCCUCCCCAGUCCUCACAGAAAACAGCUUUCUCGACUCUUGCCUCAUUCUUGUAAAUAAACAUAAACAGAGCUGUUGGGUGAAACUGAUUUCUUUCCACUUAACGGCUGUAAUCCGAACCCCGCUGUGAUCCUGCCUUAGCGACGGCAGCAGCUUUCUGGUCCCUUGGUUGGAAUGGCAACCGGGUGUUCAUGCUGCAACAUGAUGUUCCUGGUUGUGGAACUGCCUGCCCAGAUCUGUGGGUGGGUUGGAACCAAUAGGCGACCCUGUGGAAACGGAGUAUCUUGAGUCCUGUUUCCCAAAGACAGGGAGGAAUAUCUUUUGUAUGUCAAGAGUCCAGAAGCAUGUCUGUGUCUAUCCAAAGAAAACCAUAAUUCUGUAAUUGAGGUCUUAAACAACAGGCCAACGCUGAAUGUUUAUUGAAACACCUCCUUUUCAUGGGAAGCGUCAUGGGUCAUCACAGUGGGCAAAAGAUUUGCCUGCUGGAUCAAACAGGGUCUGUCUAGUGCUGGGAGUAGUCUCCUCAAAAACCAGGUGCAGAGGCAACAGCAUUCCUCAAUAUCUCCAUCCCCACAGCAAUAUUAAGAGAGGGGGGACCUGAAUUAUUAUUAUAUUAUUUUAAUUUUCUUAUAUCCCGCCUUUCUCCCAACAUAGGGACUCAGUGCACAAGGUCCAUUGGAAGCCACCAACCCUGCUGGUGGACAUGGCCAUAUCUACUACUGCUUCUGAGCCUGCUCUUUCCCCACUUCCCAAUCCUGUUGAAAGAAGCUGGAUUUGAGUCGGUCAUCAUUACAAAAAUUCUCAUUCCAUGCUUUCAGUGGCUGACGUUCAUUUUCUUUGUGGAUUGUCUCCUUUGAGUACAGCCCAAUUCUCUAACUCUUUCUCUCUAUAGUCAGCAUAGCAGCCCUGCCAUCUGGAAACAGGAGGCUAAAAUUGCGCUGGUUCUCAUCUUACUCUUCCUUGGUCAAGCUUCAAAUGUAUUGGCCAGUAGCCAUGGCAGAGGAUGGAAUAAGGGUGCCAUUGGGUUGGGAAAGGCGGUUGUAUGGAUUCGGGUAGCACUGGUUGCCUUGUCAUUUGGAAAUAAAUUUAAGAGGAAGAAAUUGUUUUCUUUUUCUUGGUUUCUUUGCCUUCCUUCUCCUUCCUUCUUUCCUUCCUUGUUCCCUGGAAAACUUACCUAAAAAGAAAUUUGCAUUCAUAGAAUGAGCUGUCCUCCCCGGCUUUUUUGGCGUCUUCCAGAUUGGGAAUGCUUUGACACUUGAUUUUGGUUCCUUCACAUUGGAAAUCGGCUCCGCUACUCAAACCAGGUUGGGGGAAGCUUAAGUGAAAUGUGUCCUGGUGUGUUAAAUAAUGUGGGUCCAUUAAAUUGGGAGGGAAGGGAGGAGGGACCCAAAUUAUUCUGAAAUUUGUGCACAAAGCAUUCUUUUUUCUCCAGAACUCUUGCAUUAAUUUUCUCCUUUGAAAUCUUUUUUUGGGGGAGAUUUCUUCACCCCACUGUUCUCUCUCUCUUUUUUUAAAGCAUUCUUCUGUAUUUUGGACCUGAGCUUAGUUUUGUUCAUAUGUAUAAUUUAGCUUUUAUUGCAUUCAUAUGUAAAUAACGAGUAAGUAUUGUAAAGUAUUUCAUUGCUGGGGGUGGUAUAAAAAUACACAUUUUAGGGCUGCUGGUUUUUUGGUAUUUUUUUGUAUUGUAAAAAAGAAAAUGAAAUAAAAAAUAAUAACCGCUAAUUUAAAAAGCCAGAACAAAGCGAUGAAGACAUGCAUUUAAAACAACCAAUGUGAACUCUCUGUAUAUAAAUAAAAGUACAUAAAUAACGAA